AUGUCUCUCGACUUUGCCCGUGCUGCUCUGGCUGAGCGCCGCCCUUCCUUCUUCCUUUCUUUGGCGCCUGCUACGUCUUCCUCAUACCCGCAACCUGAGAACAGACGAACCUCUGUUGCCGAGGGUUCGACCAGGCCUCGACGAGCUUCCAUCAGCUCCCCUACCGGUCUCAGAGUCCUCAAGCUCGGCCCCGUCUACUACGGUGAACACAUGGGCCAGAACAAGGACGACUUCUACGAUGUCCCGUCCUCUCCUCCUCUCCCGGCCGUCACCCCCUCUUCUUUCCUUUCCCUGGCACCGGCCACUUCUGCCUCCUACCCUCAGAUGCCCGCCAGCAACCCCGUUGCCCUUCCUGAGAGGCGACGAUCCUCUUCCAGCUCCACCACCGGCUUCAGGGUGUUGAAGCUGGGCCCCGUUUACUGGGGACAGCACGCCGAUGAUCACAAGGACGACUUCCACGACGUUCCCUCUUCUCCUUAG